AUGAUGGAUCGUAUCAGAGAAUACCUGGGGAAAUCCAACAAGCCGGAUCGCGAGGAAUAUGAGCCUCUAGCUGAAGAGGGUCGGGAACAGGAGGGCGCCGCGUUGCUGGAUGGUCAAGAUGAGGUCCCGUUCUCCUGGACUGAGUACCUGAUGUUCGCAUGGUUGGGAAUGGCCAUGUUAUGGGCAUGGAACAUGUUUCUCGCCGCUGCCCCCUACUUCCAAGUCCGCUUCCAAUCCGACGUCUGGAUCGAACAAAACUUCCAAUCCGCAAUCCUCACCGUCUCGACCUUGACGAACCUCACGGCGAUGCUUAUUCUCACAAACAUUCAAUACUCCGCCUCCUACCCCUUCCGCAUCAACCUCGCCCUGAUACUCAACACAGUCAUCUUCUCCCUCUUGACCGCCUCUACCUCCAUGUUCCUCGACAUCUCACCCGGCGCCUACCUCGCCUUCAUCUUGCUCAUGGUUGCCUCCAGCUCAUGGGCCACAGGCCUGAUCCAAAAUGGCGCCUUCGCCUUCGCCGCCUCGUUCGGUCGCCCGGAGUAUAUGCAGGCCCUGAUGGCCGGUCAGGGCGUCGCUGGCGUGCUUCCGCCGAUCGCACAGGUCAUCACUGUUCUCGCGGUCCCCGAGAAAGAGAGCGCCGACGCCGCGGACGCGAUACAAUCGUCCAGCUCCUCGGCGUUCGUGUACUUCCUCGCAGCCGUCGCCGUCUCCGUUUCUGCGCUGGUAGCCUUUAUCCCGCUCGUCCGCCGCCACAACCACAUCGUCGAAAGUCGUAUGGUCGAACAGAUGGCCGAGUCGCUCACCUCUGUGCAGGAAGCGGAGCGAGCCGCCCGGAAGAUUGUCUCGCCCCUCCAACUCCUGAAGAAGCUUCACUGGCUGGCGGGGGCCAUCUUCAUGUGCUUUUCCGUCGCUAUGUUCUUCCCCGUGUUCACCGGCAAGAUUAUCUCCGUCCGCUAUCCGGGCGACGAAAACUCUCCUGCCGGGGCCCUGUUCCGCCCUGCCGCCUUCAUCCCGCUGGCGUUUUUCGCCUGGAAUCUGGGCGACUUGUCCGGCCGCAUGGCCACUAUCCUCCCGUUCUCCCUUCGUCACCGCCCCGCGGCCCUGUUCGGAGUCAGUCUCGCUCGUCUAGGCUUCUUGCCAUUGUAUCUGCUCUGUAACAUAGGAGGCCGCGGCGCGGUGAUUAGCAGCGACUUCUUUUACCUGUUUGUCGUCCAGUUCUUAUUCGGUCUGACGAACGGGUGGUUGGGCUCGAGCUGCAUGAUGGCAGCCGGUGAGUGGGUUGAAGAUAGCGAGCGCGAGGCCACUGGCGGAUUUAUGGGAUUGUGUCUCGUGGCCGGUCUGACGACUGGCAGUCUUCUCAGCUUCACAGCCGCUGGAAUUUAA